UGGUUUAGUCAUUGUUGCUCCUCUUCAGAAGCGCUUGCAUUUUCACUACGUCGGUUGUGCCUCUCGUUGUUGUCAAAUCCCAUUAUUAGUUCUUAUUUUCCUACAAUUUUAUCAAUCCAUCAACAUGUUUGAGGCACGUCUUCUCCAGGGAUCCUUGUUGAAGAAAGUUAUGGAAGCAUUAAAGGAAUUGCUGAAUGAAGCAGCAUGGGACUGUUCUGAUGCCGGCAUCCAACUCCAAGCCAUGGACAAUUCUCACGUUAGUCUCGUUUCUCUCAAUCUGAGAGCUGAGGGAUUUGACAAAUACAGAUGUGAUCGUAAUUUGUCAAUGGGCAUGAACUUGGGCAGCAUGUCAAAGAUUCUCAAGUGUGCUUCCAAUGAAGACAUUAUCACAAUCAAAGCACAGGACAAUGCUGACACAGUUACCUUCGUCUUUGAAUCCCCCGAUCAAGACAAAGUAUCAGAUUACGAAAUGAAGCUCAUGAAUCUCGACCAAGAACACCUGGGCAUCCCUGAAACUGACUAUGCAUGCACCAUCAGACUGCCAUCUAGUGAAUUUGCCAGAAUUUGCAGAGACUUGAGUCAGUUUGGAGAGUCCAUGGUAAUCUCCUGCACAAAAGAGGGAGUCAGGUUUUCAGCAACAGGAGAUAUUGGAACUGGCAAUAUUAAGCUUGCUCAGUCAGCCAAGGUCGACAAGGAAGAAGAGGCUGUCGUCAUUGAGAUGCAAGAGCCCGUCUCCCUGACAUUUGCCUGCAGAUAUCUUAAUUCGUUUACCAAAGCCACGUCGCUUUCAAAAUCUGUCCAGCUUUCCAUGUCUCCUGAAGUACCAUUGGUCGUCGAGUAUAAAAUUGAAGAUAUUGGCCACGUUCGCUAUUACCUAGCCCCUAAAAUUGAAGAUGAAGAAGCCGCCUAAUUGUUUAAACAGGUGCGGCACACCUCAUUGCAUAUCUAUCCUCACUAUGACGCCAUUCGAAACCAAUACAUUUCUUGUAAGGAAA